AUGGCAAAGCAAAUGGGUGGUUAUGAGAAGAUUCCAUUCACAUCAAAAGAUCUUUACAAUCGACUAUCCCAUGCUUCAAAAGUUGAGUUUAUCGGUUCUAAUGCAGGGCGUGCAAUCAGAUAUUUGGAGCAUAAAGCUGAUGAAGACCCUGAUGGGAGAUGUAGAUCAGACUAUGAAACAUAUGGCCAUGCAGUAGCUUUUGAUUCGACAUACAAGACUAAUAGUUAUGGGAAGUCGCUGCUGAUAUGUAUAGGAACUAAUAACUACUAUAGAACGUGCAUUUUGGGCUUUGCCAUUCUUGACAAUGAGUCUGGAAACAGCUACAAGUGGGCGAGAAGGGCUUUCAUGGAAUGCAUGGGAGGUGUUCUACCCAAAACAGUAGUGACAGAUGGAGACGAAGCUAUUGUUAACAUGCUAGAGGAGUUGAUGGAUGAUGUGCCCCACCGAUUGUGUUUACCAAAUUGGUAUUCUGGUACUACACAAAUUCUUAGAGGGAAUUUCUUCUGUGGAAUGACAACUACUCAACGGAGUGAAGGUAUUAAUGCGAUGUUGAAGAAAAAAUUUAAUCAAAAGUUGAAGUUGUACGAGUUUAUGAGGGCGAUCAACAUGGCCUCAUCUUUAAUUAGACAGCAUGAAGCAAAGGAUGAGUACAUUACACUUCACACUAGUCCUGAGCUCGGGAAGACAAAUUUGUCACAAAUAAAGGAUGAAUUAGCAAAUCUUUACACACGGAACAUGUUCUACAAGGUACGACACCAGCUAUUGAAAGAAGGUAGGUACAUGGUGAAAACCUUAUCGGAGGAAGAGGAUGCAUUAAUUUUGAAGCUUCACAAGUAUGCUGCUGAACAAGUGAAGAGGCAUGUAUAUGUAACACCGGAGCGUGAUCUCUUUGUGUAA